AUGACUAUCAAAACUAAAUCAAAACCAACCAAUCAACAAAUCAAAUCAAAAAACAUCAAUCAAAUCAAAUCAAUUCGAUCAAAACCUGUGGUAAUCAUUCCACCAUUCAAAACACAUAAAGAAAAACAAUCCAAUCCACUUGAAUCUGAAAACAAACCAAUUCGUAAAACACUCGAAAAGACUUUAUACGAAUUACCCAAGAUUGGAAAGAUAGAUGCUGACUUUAUAUCUCGUCAAACACGUUCAAAAGCUUUCGAAACCUCAUUUAAACCCAUCAUCAAACCAACCAAUGAUAAACUCAAAUCAGACUCAGAUCAUGUAGUAGAAGUUUCAAAACGUGCUAGAAAACCUCUUGGAGAAAGAGAUGAAUCAUAUGUACCAAUCGUAGUAAUCCCAGCCUAUCAUGAAAUCCAAAGAACUUCAACAGAUCCGAUUUCAGAUCCCACAAUUUCAUUAAACUCAAUCAAUUUACAAACCUAUUCCAAAAGUUCUACAAACUUACUUCAAAAAUGGCUUAAAGAAAUCGAAAUCGAAAACUUGUUAGAUCCUAAUCAUAAUCAAGAAAUCAAACAUUCUCAUACUUCACUCGGUUUAACCAAUGAUUCAAUUUCAAAUUUCACUUCUUCACCUUCAAUCGAACUGGUCACUUUUUCCAAGUCUAAUUAUAAUUUACCAUCAAAUCAGCCUCUUCAAAGUACAUCUAAAGCUAUAGAAAUCAAUGAUAACAAAUCUUUUAGUUUAUCCUCACAAGUGGAUCCAAGUAUUAAAAAAGUCAUGACCAAAGCAUUAUCAAAACCGAUCCCAAAUCCUAAUGUCCCACCAUCACAUACGGAAUCAAGUCUAGAAUACAUAGACCCAAUUACCUACAAUCCAACCCCUACCCCACCUCACCAUCUAUCACUCCCGAAACUCAAUGAAUUACCUAACCUAAAUCUAACCCAAGAUUCACCCAACCGUUCAGUUUCCACACUCAAACGAAACCGAAUCAAAUCUUUGAAUUCGAAUUCGAAUUCCGAAAGAACUUCUAUCAUCCUAGACCAAGAUGGAUUCCCAAUCUCAAGUCAAAGAUAUCAACAAAUCCAUCAAGAAUUAAAUGAUCCAUUUGGAUUUCAACAAAACGAAAAACGUUUAAAACUUUUAAGAUCUAAAGGAGAAUUAGAAAGAACUCAACCUAACCCAUCAAAACUCAAAUCUACCGUACCAUUAGGAACAGCAGGACCUUCUGUUAAUCACAAAUCUCAUCUGAAGAAUCAUGUACAUCUUUCCAUGGAUUCGGAUUUAUCUUUAACUGAUUUGUUGUCCAUUAAAAGACCUAACAAAAAUCAAAAAGGAAAACCAAACCAUCGAGUGAUCAAAAAAGCAGCAGAUCCUCGUGAUCAGAAACAUUUAGGAACCCAAUCAGAUGAAAACGAGGUAGAUGAUCCACCUUUACGUCGAGGUCGAUCCAAAAAAAUCCCCAGAAUCAUCAGUCCAUCUUCAAAAAGACCAACAGACAAAGACAGUCAAGCAGAAAGUUUGAAUUCUUCGAAUCAUAAACCAUCACCUAAGAAACUCCAACGUUUAGAUCCCAACAGAUUACCUAACAAACGAACUCAAGCUGAAGUUCAUUCUUCACCUUCACCUAAAAAACCAUUUCUGAAAUCCAAUCAAUUAAAAAAACUACCAAAACCAAAACCAAUGAUCAAUCAAACCCAAGUCAAAAGAUUAAACCAAGCCAAGAAAUCAAAUCAGGUUUUUGAAACCAGUCGUGAAUUAAGAGUUAAAUAUUAUGAUGGUUUAGAUCAGUUUGAUUUCGAAGAAGAAAUCGUACUUUAA